AUGUCAAAUGGGAAACUUUAUGAUAUAGAGAAGAAAUUGGAAUCGUAUGACAACGGUUGGCGUGAGUUUGUAAGUACCCAUGAAAAAUAUUUAGACGUUAUAGACAGUGAAAAUGAAAAGGAAGCUGUUUAUAGUUUGUAUGAAGAGCAAAUAAAGCGAAGGUUUGAAUUUGGCUGUAUAAUUAAGUCUUGGAGAGGAGAAGUAAGUCAGAGGGAAAAUAUAGAUCAUGUUUCUUGUUCGAAAGCCUCAACAAGAAGUAGAGCUUCAAGUUGAAGCUCUAGAUUGUCUUCCUUGUCGAAAAGAAGGGAAAGAUUAGCCCUUGCCCAACUAAAAGUCGAUCAGAUUGCAAGAAAGCAUGAACUAGCAAAGAAAAUGUUAGACUUACAGAAUGAAAGUGAGAUGUUGGAAGCAGAAAUACAGAGAGAAGAAGCUAUGAUGAGUGUUAGUAUUUGCGAACAGGCUAUUCGGGAGGAAAGAGAGCAUAAGUUAGGUGACAUUGAAGAACUGAAUGAGAAUAACGGGCAGGGACGUCUCGACAAUGCACCCACUAGAAGUGUCCAAGGGGAAGAAGGGGCGAGUUUGCUCAAAGUGGAUAUUAAUGAUAAACAUUCUUUGAUAAACUAAAGUGAACAUGCAGAGAGAGGCACAAAAUUUCUAAGUUCAGACCAACCAGUUGAACUUUCAAAUACCUCAGUGCCCAAAUUAAUAACCCAUGUCAAUUCUAGUAAUCCUAUGCCAGAGAUUCAGGGAAUAAAUUCUGGGUAUGCGGGGUAGACAACUGCUGUGCCAAGCUCUGUGUUUCCUCUGAGACCUAGUACAUCUGUAGUCCCACCCAGACCGGAACCAACAGUUCUCCCAGCGAAUACAUAUUCAUUGCCCUGGACUUUAACCCAUCCGGUAUUGUCCUAUCAACAACCAUCAUACAACCCUCAGAUAUGGGAUACUACGUGGAAUCCUUACAUGUGCAAUGUAGGUUUACCCCUUCCCCCUUCUAAAUUCAGACCAUGGAGCACAAGUUUUGGGGAAAAUAGACACUAACAUUAAGAUUGUUAAGGCUCUGAAGCAAGUGGUUGCCACACCAAAGCAAGAAUAUAUACACUUUGAUGGGAAUCCUAUCAAGUUCCCCUCAUUUAUGCAAAAUUUUGAAACAUGUCUUGAAAGAUUCAGCAUUGCCAUUGUAAGGCAAAGGAAGCCAUUGAAACCUGUGUCAAUUUGCCUGCAGAUGAAGGAUAUUGUGUUGCUAAGAAGACCCUGACUGAGAACUUUGGUAAGCCACAUAUAAUUGCUAGGGCCCACAUUAAGAAGUUAGUCAAUCUACCCAGUAUAAAGAAAGCUGGUGGCCCUUCAUUGCUUGAGUUUACACGGCAUCUUGAGUCCACUAAUCGGACACUGAAGGGAAUGGGUCCAGAACAUGUUAGUGACUUGGAUCAUCUGAACACCUUGAAGGAGUUAAAUAGAAAACUUCCAAUGUUCAUGAAAGCAAGAUGGACUGAGGAAGCUGGAAAGAUAUAUGAGCGUAAUUCCACAUCACGAUUUGAAGAUUUUCUUAAUUUUAUCAAGAAGAAAGCUACUUUGGUGAACAAUGAAUUUGGGGAUGACCUCACCUCUAGUGAUAGUAAGGACAGGGCUAAGGAGAAAUGGAGAAAUAAUGAGAGAAAG